AUGGCCGGCCGGACAUACCAGUCCGCUACUGAUGACUCGGCCCUGCGAAAGGAGCAAGCCUCAAGCGGCGAUGGGUUGAAUUUACACCUUGUGACCUUACCGCGCCGACCUACAUGGGUCAUGCCCGCCGCCUUACUUCCUCCCGACAGUCUGCAGGUCUUUGUCAAAUAUUACGCACGCGAAAUAAGUACAGCCUUCUAUCUGGGCCAUGGUCCUGCGCGAACUCCCUACACGCAGCUUAUUCUACCAAUGGUCAAGAACGUCCCCUGCAUUCGGUACGCCGUGGGGGCGACGGCGUCUUGCCAUAUUGCCAACAGACUUCAAGACAAAAAGUUGAAAAUGCAAAGUCUCUAUUUGCGGCUGCAGGCCACGGAGGCGCUCAGACAGCAAUUGAGAAAUGACACCGAGGAAGCAGACAUUUCUAGUAUUGCCUGUAUGGUUUUACUUGCCCAGCUCGAUCUCUGCUCUGGGGACUGUCUGGAAUUUGGAACACAUUUAAAAGCAGCAAGUGACAUCGUGAAGCGGCAUGGUUCGGACGGAACUGAGCGAGCCUUUUUCCAACAACGUCUUGCAUGGCUAGAUAUCAUGGGUGCGACGACGUCGUCUCGAAUGCCGCACCUGAAGCCUGAACAUGUCACAGCCGCCUUGAACAAAUUCACAACCCCAUCCGGUCGGAAAUGGGGAUUCGACGUUUUUGACUGCCCUAUCGAUCUAUUUGAGUACAUUGCAGAUAUUACUGUAUUGCAUAAACUGCAUAGCUCUUCAAAAAUCCCAUCCGAUGAAGCUUUAAGAAAAGCCAUCGUCCUUGGCAAUGCUGCUAGGACGUGGAAUGGAUCUGAUAUCCUGUCCGAUCGACGAGGAGACAUGGUCGAGAUCUGGAGAUGUGGGGUCCUACUCUAUCUCGUUCGCUCAUUCCAGCUAUCGGAGGAGACAUUCGCCGAAUCGGAAGUUUUCAACGUCAUGGCCGUUGUUUCAAGCUGGUUUAUGUCUACAUCAGAAAUCUCAUGA